AUGGCUCCAGGGAUUUAUCCUAUGGCUUUUGGAGUUGUUGAUUCUGAGACAGAGGAGAAUUGGACAAGGACAUGUUCUUGUCGUCUUUGGCAAAUUGAUGGUUUUCCUUGUAUGCAUGUUGUGGCUGCAAUUCUAGCAAAGAGUUACUACAGUUCUAACUUCUUUCGAAAAGCCUAUGAGAGUCCUACUUUUCCUAUUCCAAAUAUUAGGAAAGGCUUGGACAGCAACGGUUCAGCUGCUGGAGUUGUGCUUCUGCCAAUUGCAAAGAGGCUAGCCAGAAGACCACCAACGAAGAGGAUUAAAGCUUUUGGUGAAGUUACAAGGCCAUUGAAAUGCAGUCGGUGCAGUGUUGCUGGGCAAAACAGGAAGACUUGCAAGGCCGUGAUAUGA